AUGCCUAUAUGCGCAAUAUAUGGUUGCCGAACAAGAAGCAAGAGUGCUAAGAGGCCCAGCUGCACUGGCUCGAACGUAGGUUUACACAGUUUGCCUAAAAUAAUAACUCGGCAGUGUGAGAGAACGAGGAUUCUCUCCGAAAAGCGCAGGAGCCUCUGGCUUGCUCGCAUUAAUAGGAGCGACUUGAAGAACCUGGAAAACGUCCGUGUCUGCGGUCGCCACUGCAUCACAGGCAAGCCUUCCAAGUUGAUGGAUGACGCAAACCCUGACUGGGCACCAAUGCAGCAUCUGGGUUACGAUGGUGAAAGACCUUUGACCAACGAAGCGAGGUUCCAGCGAUCGAAGAAGCGCAGCCAAAAAAAGAAAGAAAAGGAUGCUGUCGAAGCCAGCGUAGCAGCGCAACAGUCUCCCGCGGGGAUCGAGUUUCCCGAGAGCGGUGCAAGCUCGGAAAAUGAGGCAGAAUGUCUAAUGGAGCUUCCAGUUUCUACUGUGGACUCAGAACCACGCAGACGUGAUAUUGGUGUGCAGACAGAUUUAACGGGGCAAAACAUCCAAGCACUUGAGGCAGACAACAAGAGACUGACUUCUGAAUUGUGCACCUUAAAAAAGCAAAAAGAAUUGCUUGAAGUUACGGAAGCAUCUCUGCGUCAAGAUGACGCCAAAGUUGCCUUUUACUCAGGACUGAUAAACUAUUCGGUCUUGCAGGCUGUAUUCCAACUGGUCGAGUCGGCUACAUGUAGCUCGUGA